GCAGCCUCCAGCGGGCUCCUCCAGCCCAGAUCCCUCCACUCUCCGAGCGCCCCGCCCCUCGGGAACCCCUCCGCGACCGUUAGCCGCUGGUCGCGCGUGCGCCGCGCCACGCCACGCCGCGCCACGCCAGCGGGACGCGACGAGCGCGACGGGGCUAGAGUGAGUGUCUCCACCGAGGCAGGGACUGGAGCUGGUGCCGGGGACGGAGUCGGACCGGGCGAGAGGCCGAGCUUAGCCAAGCGGCGGCGGCAGGAUUCUGGGGAGGACCAAGAAGAACCCUGGCCCGUUCCUGUUUGUGCUGACCUCCAUCUGAUGACAAGAACAGAGGGGAAGGAGCUGGUCUUAGUCACAGGCCACUGAGGGAUUUGGGCCUUCUCUCUCCUCCCCAAGCCUAGAAGGACAGCUGGGCCAGCACUGCCCGAAGGGGCCUCCCCUGCCCCCAGUACCAUGGCUGGGAAGAGACAAGCCAAGCGGCAGCCCCUGCUGCUCCUGCUGCUCGUUGCCGUCGCCUUCGUCCACCUUGUCGCCUGUCCCUACUCCAAGGUGGAGGAGAGCUUUAGCCUGCAGGCCACCCAUGACAUCCUGUACCACCGCUGGGACCUGGACAAGUACGACCAUCAUGAGUUUCCUGGCGUCGUCCCAAGAACGUUUCUUGGGCCAAUCGUAGUCGCAGCCUUUUCCAGCCCUGCCGUCUAUGUGCUGUCCUUGCUGGAAAUGUCCAAAUUUUAUUCUCAGCUGAUAGUGAGAGGAAUCCUCGGGCUCGGUGUCAUCUAUGGACUCUGGAGGCUACAGAAGGAGGUCCGAAGACAACUGGGGGCCACCGUGGCCACCGUCUUUUGUCUCAUCACGGCCUCCCAGUUCCACCUGAUGUUCUACUGCACGCGGACGCUGCCCAACGUGUUUGCGCUGCCCGUGGUGCUGCUGGCCCUGACCGCCUGGAUGCAGCAGCAGCGGGGCCGCUUCAUCUGGCUCUCGGCAUUCGCCAUCAUUGUCUUCAGGGCAGAACUGUGCCUCUUCCUCGGCCUCAUGCUGCUGUUAACCUUGUUAAGUAAGAAGGUCACCGUGCUGAAGGUGCUGUGCCACGCCGCUCCUGCCGGAAUCGUCUGCUUGGGACUGACGGUGGCUGUGGAUUCCAUGUUCUGGCGCCACAUUCUGUGGCCAGAGGGCCAGGUGCUGUGGUACAACACAGUUCUGAACAAAAGCUCAGACUGGGGCACCUCGCCCUUCCUGUGGUAUUUUUACUCGGUUCUGCCGCGGGCUCUGGGCUGCAGCGUCCUCUUCAUCCCUCUGGGGGUCUGGGACCGCAGGACACGGCUGCUGAUCCUGCCGGCGGUGGGCUUCAUCUUCCUGUACUCGUUCCUCCCUCACAAGGAGCUGCGCUUCAUCAUGUACACGUUUCCGGUCUUAAACAUUGUGGCAGCCAAAGGUUGUUCACGCAUGCUAAACAACUACAGGAAGUCUUGGCUAUACAAGCUUGGCUCUCUCCUUGUUGUGGCCCACCUCCUGAUAAAUGCCACGUACUCGGCCACGUCGCUUUACGUCUCCCACUUUAACUACCCUGGAGGGGCAGCCAUACAAAAGCUCCACGAGUUGGUGCCCCCCAAAACAGAUGUGGCGCUUCACAUUGACGUGGCCGCUGCGCAGACUGGCGUCUCUCGAUUUUUAGAGGUCAACAAUGACUGGAAGUACGACAAAAAGGAAGGUCUGCAGCCUGGGGCGGGGCCCAUGAUGUCCUACACGCACCUCCUCCUCGAGAUGGACCCUGUGCAGCUGUCCCACUACAAGACCACCCACCGUGUGCUGGCCAACAUCGCUGGCACCACGGGGGUCAAGCUGAACCUCACCAAACUACCUCCCUUUGACCUGAACUUGAAAACCAAGCUUGUGCUUUUGGAGAGACUGCUCAGGCCGUCCUGAGGGGCAGCAGGGCCCAGAGCACCCGCCCCUCAGGCUGACUUUCAGUGAUGCACAGACAGUGGCUGCCCGGGCACAGGCCUCCUUCCCUAAGCCUGCAGCUCCUCUUCUACCCCUCCCCGGGCAGGGCCUGCACCAGUAUCUGCAAUAAAACCCUUUCAGAGUGACGCGGAGCCUCGCAGGGUGGUCCCCCAGAGGGCAAGGGUCGCUGACCCUGGGCCCGAGCUGCGGCCACAGCUGCCUCCCUUCUUGGGUGUGGCCUGCCAGUCAUGCUGGGGGCCCCCCCCCCCGGGAGCGGAGCUUGGAGCCUGGUUCUGUCCCCAUGAUGUGUGUCCUCACUGAGCACAACUUAGGAGACGGCGGCGGCCGGACUGAGCCAAAAAAUGAUGACUAUGGAGACCGUAGAGAAGUAUGACAAUUGGGGUUCGAAGGCAAAGUGAAGUGACCUCAACUAGGAAAACUAAGUACAUGAUUGCAACAACAUAAAUGGAAACAACUCAAAGCUGAGCAAGACAACGGAUACACCUGAAGAAGGGAUGGAGAAAACCACCUUCUUUCUUGCAGGGGAAGGCCCUCUGGAUAGGGAUAAGGGGAAGGACCUAUUUAGGGAAGGCCAUGGAAAAGAACAGGUUCAGUCGAUUUCAGGAACCAACAAAGUGCCUCUGCCCUCCACACCAGCUGGUGCAUGCCACUGAGGUGGGCUGAGCCACAGGAGAUCUGGGCCCGAGCAGCAGUCUUCCAG